UAUUAUCCACACAAUAAAAUGCCAUUCGAAAUAUGCAAGCUCCUGCGACCAGCCGUUGCAUAUCUGUCAACGUGCUUGACUGGUUCCCGACGAGAGAGCCGUGCGUCGAUUGGCUGACGAUUUUCGGGCAUCGACCUACGCGCGAGCCUCGAAACCUGCUAAUCACACAGGAAGCGUCUAAACGAUAUUCCUCCAAUAUACACAACGUGCACGUGGAAAAAUCACGUUCUGUGUUUUAUUACAAAUUCAGUCUGGUUGAUUAUCUCUUCGUCGAAUUAUUCGAUAUUGUUUAAACGCGUUAGACGCUGAGCACAGCCGCUCAUUCGUUACACACGCAAAACGCAAUCUGUUCGAUACGUAUACAUGUACCACGUGAUUGAUUCGGUACUUCUUUAACCUUUAUUAUUUGUAAAUUUCCAAAUUCUUUGGCGAAUAAUGUACUAUGCUGGCCGUUCAGACGUGGUAAUCGAUACACAUGUUCCUUAACGGUACAUGUGAAUAAAGAUGGAAUAAUAUAAAACUGAGGAGAAGAAAAAAACGUUUAGGAUACUAAAAGUUUAAUAUAUAAUAAAACAAAGUUUAGGACACUUAGAAAAUGUUUAAAAAAGUAAUUGUGGGUAUAUCUGGUGGGGUUGAUAGCGCUGUAUCAGCACUGCUUCUAAAAAAUAAAGGAUUCAAUGUCACCGGUGUAUUCAUGAAAAAUUGGGACAUCAAAGAUGAGACUGAAAUUUGUCAGACUGAGGAGGAUUAUGAAGAUGCACAAUGGGUGUGCAAAAAAUUAGAUAUUCCUCUUGUUGAAGUCAAUUUUGUAAAAGAAUAUUGGAAUAAUAUCUUUUCCUAUUUAACAGAACAAUAUGAGAAUGGAUAUACACCAAAUCCUGAUAUUUUGUGUAACAAGUACAUCAAAUUCGAUCAUUUCUUCAACUUUGCAUGUAAUAAACUUCAGGCUGAUGCUAUUGCAACUGGACACUAUGUCAGAACCAGUUUUGGUUCUUACCUUGAACAUUUUAAGCCAGAUACAAAUGUCAGCUUAUUUCAAGCUCGAGAUGCAGAAAAAGAUCAAACAUUUUUCUUGUGCCAAGUACCUCAACAAGCUUUAAGAUACUCCAUGUUUCCCCUUGGAGAAUAUUUGAAGAAAGACGUUAAACAAAUUGCUUGGAAGGCUGGGUUGGACAAAGUUGCUCUAAAAAGGGAAAGCAGAGGGAUAUGUUUUGUGGGAAAACGAAAUUUUCAAAAUUUCAUAUCCAAGUACAUAUCUGACAAACCUGGAGACUUUGUAGACUUGGAUGAUGGUCGGGUAGUGGGAAAGCAUAUGGGCUUUCAUCAUUGGACCAUAGGGCAGAAUAUAAAAAUUAGUGGUUUACCAGCUGCAUACUAUGUGUAUAAGAAAGAUAUUAACACAAAUAACAUCAUUGUAGUAAAAGGAACACACAAUUCAGCGCUAUAUUCAGAACUUAUAAUAACAGAAACUCCGUACUGGAUAUCAUCAGAGCCAGAAUUUAAUAGUUUCUCUAGACUAUUAAAUUGCGAUUUGCGCUUUCAACAUAGAGAUCCCUUGGUAUCUUGCACAGUUCAUAAAAAUUUAAAGAAUCAGUUAAUAAUACAGCUUAGUCAACCAUUAAGAGCAAUUACAGAGGGACAGUUUGUCACCUUAUAUAAUGGAGAAGAGUGUCUAGGUAGCGCUGUAAUCUCAUAUUGUGGUCCAUCAUACUAUAGUUUAAAUCAAGAAGUAAAAAUGGAUCAUUAUCGAGGAAACAACGAGACACAAAAACAGAUCGCGGACGCGAGUAUAUAGUAUUGUACAUAGUAAUUUAUUAACAAAAAAAGGAAAUUAUAUUUGGGCAUUUUAAUAUAGUUUUUAUCGAUUGAAUAUAAAAUAAACAUCGUACAAAAUCUC